CCGUUCCCGGUCUGGGAUCCCGGUUUGGGAUCCCGGGGCCGUUCCCAGUUUGGGAUCCCGGUCUGGGUUCCCGGUUUGGGAUCCCGGGGCCGUUCCCGGUCUGGGAUCCCGGUUUGGGAUCCCGGGGCCGUUCCCUGUUUGGGAUCCCGGGGCCGUUCCCGGUCUGGGAUCCCGGUUUGGGAUCCCGGGGCCGUUCCCGGUUUGGGAUCCCGGUCUGGGUUCCCGGUUUGGGAUCCCGGGGCCGUCCCGGGGGUCUCGCCGCCCCCGGCCCCGCCCGUUCCCCCCCCCGCUGCCUCCGCGGGGGCGGGCGGGAAGGGGAAGGGGAAGCGGCGGAUGCUCCGCGCCGGUUCCGACCGGGACCGGCGGCUCUCACCGGCACCGGUCUCUGGCCGGAGCCAUGUCCCGGCGGCGCUGACCCUCGGCGGCGCGCCCGGCCCGGCCUCACCAUGGGGAGCAUCUACAAGGAAUAUUUCAACCGCGACAAGAUCCGCGAGCACUACAACUACACCAAGGGCGACGGCGACGCCUCCGCGCCCUCGCGCUCCGUGGGCUCCGUCCUCAUCGUCAUCCUCUGCUGCUUCAUCGUCCUGGAGAACCUGCUGGUGCUGGUGUCCAUCUGCCGCAACAAGCGCCUGCACUUGGCCAUGUACAUCUUCAUCGGCAAUUUGGCCGCCUCCGACCUCUUGGCCGGCACGGCCUUCAUGGUCAACACGCUGCUGUCCGGCAGCACCACCUUCAGCCUGACGCCGGUGCAGUGGUUCGUGCGGGAGGGCACGGCGUUCGCCACGCUGGCCGCCUCGGUGUUCAGCCUGCUGGCCAUCGCCAUCGAGCGCCACGUGGCCAUCACCAAGGUCAAGGUGUACGGCAGCGACAAGAACUGCCGCAUGGUGCUGCUGAUCGGCGCCUGCUGGGUGAUCGCGGCCGCCGUGGGCAGCCUGCCCAUCAUGGGCUGGAACUGCAUCAGCGACCUGGGCGACUGCUCCACGGUGCUGCCGCUCUACUCCAAGCGCUACGUGCUCUUCGUCACCACCAUCUUCACCCUCAUCCUGCUGGCCAUCGUGGGGCUCUACACGCGCAUCUACUGCAUCGUCCGCUCCAGCCACGCCGAGAUCGCCUCGGCGCAGACCUUGGCUUUGCUCAAGACCGUCACCAUCGUGCUGGGAGCCUUCAUCGUCUGCUGGCUGCCCGCCUUCAUCAUCCUCCUCAUGGACGCCUCGUGCCCCGUCCGCGCCUGCCGGGUGCUCUACAAGGCCAAUUAUUUCUUCGCCUUCGCCACGCUCAACUCGGCGGCCAACCCCGUCAUCUACACGCUGAGGAGCAAGGACAUGCGCGCCGAGUUCCUGCGCCUGCUCUGCUGCUGCGGGAGGGGCCGGCGGCCGCGGCCGCCCGGCCGGGCGGGGGUCCCGCUGCGCACGUCCAGCUCGCUGGACAAGGCGGCGGCGACGGCGCCCUGCCCCAAAGGGGAGACGGCCACGGCGCCGCUGACCCGCGAGUGCACCACGUCCGUGUGAUGGGGGAGGGGUUGUGG